UAAAAAAAUAACGCUGGCGAAGCAGAUGUAGAUCGAAGCGAAAGCGGGGGAGUCGAGCCGGACGGAGCCUGCAGUGCACGCCGCCUCUCUGCUCACUGCAUUCGGCCAGAAGAUGCUCCGGGUGGGCGGCAUGGCGCGCAGCGGUCCAGCUCUCCUCUCUCUGCUCUGCGUGGCGCUGGCGGCCGCAUCCACCGACCUGUUCGACAACCAGCUGGGCGACAUCAGCUACUGCAAAAAGCAAUGCCAGAUCAACAUCAGAAACAAAAGCCCGGCCAAAGACUCCAUCAUGAAUGCGUGCUAUCGCGGCUGCCGCCUCUACUCCAUUUGCCAGUUUGUGAAUGGAAACACAGGCUUCAACAACAGCAAGGAGGAAUGCCAGGGAGCGUGCCAGGAGGCAUACAGUAAGUUACUGGAGCAGGAGGCCUGCAGCACAGGCUGUGCCAGCCAACCAGCCGAACCUGAGAUCAAACGGAGGAAGCUCAAAGCCCUGACCAACCGUCCCAAACCUGUCUCAGUGAUGGACGCUGUGUCCAGCUGGUGUAACGAUAUUGUCAGCUCUGCUCAAAGCUUCAUCUCCUCCACCUGGACCUUCUACCUGCAGGCUGAUGACGGCAAGGUGGUCGUCUUCCAGAGCCAGCCUGAGAUUGAGUACUCCCUGCCUGAGUUGCAGGCUCCUCGCUCCAGUGUUGCAGACAAGCCCUGGCCCCAAGUCAACCCACACACGCAGCGGCCACACACUGGAGGGCGGUCGCAUGGGGAGAGAAACGCAGCGAAGGCCUCAGGAAAGGGAAAACACAGCAACCAGCAUGCUGAGGACCCCGCUGCUGAGCACGACUUCCUGGGCUGCAUGUCAAGGCGUUCAGGUCUGCCGCGCUGGAUCUUGGCAGCGUGUCUCUUCCUGUCCAUCAUGGUGAUGUUGUGGCUGAGUUGCGCCAGCCUGGUGACGGCGCCUGAGCAGCACGUCAAGACUCAGCUGAGCAUCAACGGAGAUAAGGAGUUCCUGGACGACAUGCCAAAGGUCAGCCCCUACCAUUUGACUCCAGUGAUUGCUGUCGCAAUUGGCCAGUCUGACGAGGGAAAAGAGGCGGGGCCUCUGCCAGUCAAAGUUGACCUGAACAAAACCUCACUUUAGAGGGGUCGGAAUCUGUUAAUCUCGCUCUCAUUUACAGGGAUAAAAUCACACCAUUUUUUUCUAAAGUAACCAUGCAUGGCAUCAUUUAAUAUAACAUUUAUAAUUAUGUCCUGUCUGGUGUCUGAAGUCUUCACAGAAUCUGCCAGACACUUGCAGUUGUACUAUAAAUGCUUGUCCACACUCAUUUUACUUUACAAUCCAUAUUCAUAACUGUAUAUGAGCUAAAGAAUAAGGAAUAAAUUACACAGCUGUCAUGAAAGUAAUUUUCUUCAUGGCUAUGUAGAUUGGUAGGUUUUGUUCACUAGACAAUGCUACUUAGGAAAACAAGAUUACUCGCCAAGCAUUGAAUGCUGUGCUUAAAGAGUUUAGAUAAGAAAGAACACACACUGCAAUGUAAAUGGAAGGUGAACACUUCCUAAGUGCUCGCGCAGAUUAAUUAGUGCCAUGCAGAGAUGAAGCACACAGAUAGAUAAGCCUGGGGCUUUGAAGGUGAUUCUGUUGGAAACUAUCCAGCUUUGUUAACGUCAGAUACUCGCUGAUCUGACAAGUGUGAGGAAUCAAACCUGGCCCAUAAACGGAGCCUCACCGUCGGAACAGCUGAUUAAAACAUUUGCACAACAUGCAGACGGAACGCUAAUAUAUUCUUUGAACUAGCAUGUCGCCGAAACAGCGAAGACACUCUUAAUUACAGCGAGAAAAAGACAAACGCUGACAGCUUGAUUAGCUUGCUUGUGAUUGUUUUCCGUCUCCGAUCGGGAGUGGGUUCCUUUUUUUGGAAGGAAGGGAGAUUUUAGCACUUAUUUUCGCCUGUUUGAACACAACUGGAAGCAUGCCCCCACUCACAGAUGAAUGGGAGCAUGACGCAGUGUACAUACAUGUAGUUAUUUAUUUAUUUAUCUAUUUCUAUGUUUACACAGAGCUUAUGAUAACACUAACGUAUAAGGUCUUAAGCGUCUCAUCUAUCAUUUAGAUGCUCUUUGAUAAGAUUCCGUCGCAAGUGUACCAAAUUUGUCCCCUGUGUAAAUCGCUGCCAUCUAGUAUUUAUAGCCAGUGCAGAUUUCUCAUAGGGAAGGUAGGGUGAUGCAGAGGUACUUUGUUGUACUGUUGUACAGUAAGAAUGUGAAUUUCUCUACUAUCUUCGGGCUUUUUUGUGUUCAUAUAUAUAUAUAUAUAUAUAUAUAUAUAUAUAUGCCAAUGGUAGGGUAUGGGGUGGUUCUACUUCCGCUUAAUGCUAGGCUUUAACAAAUAGACCAUUUGUAACCAGCUGUAGAACUGACCAGCCUAAGGUCGUUUCUAGUGCAAACUGUCUUGUAAAGCUAUUUUAUCUAUUCAGUCCUAGUCGCAGUGCAUGCUAGUACGCUAUGAGACUUAAAUGACCUGUCACCUUCUGGCAGCAAACUACUGUACGCUUUUAAUCUUUGUGUUUACAGCUUAAUGUUGAAUAGGCAGUGUAAUUAUAAUUGCAGGUGAUAAAGAAGGAAGAAAUUGUGUAUCUUAAAGUCCAUAUCCUAACUGGCUCUCAGUUAAGGUCACUGCUGUAUAAAAUAAAAGUCUUUCUCUUUUGAACAGUUUUCAAUGACCUGAUCCAUAAUACACAACGAAAUAAAGUCUUUUCAUGUUGUACUUA